AUGUCGUUCCGCCAGGCAUACCUCCAGCAUUUACAAGGAGAUGGCUUCCCGACUAUCAUUGAGAACCAGUCUCGCAAUAUCCAGACCCGGCUUCGUUGGAAACUACACGAGUAUCAGGCAGCGCUGCACGUCUCCUUCAAUGCGACUGACCAUCUAGCCUGUGCUCUCGGAGGGAGUACUGCUGCCUUAUCGUAUAAUCAUAAUAAUGUUGUUAUAAUGAUCUGGAAUGAAGCUCGGUAUCCAGCUACUGUGGACGUUAUCGCGAGUAGUCUCCAAAUCCUCUCGGAAUCCGCUCGCGUCAUGUACUCUGACACAACAGGGGUUGUUCAGAAGAUAAAUUCAACCAAUCCGGCGGCCGUUGCAGCCUUCUCAAAUUGGGCACUAAUAUCUAUCAAUAUCCAGCCUACAGAACAGGGAUCUCGCCUGAUUUUUAAUACCAUUGUUAUGAUCCUAAUGCUCCUCCAGCAGUUCUUCUUCCUGGCUACAAUGAACGGCGUCGCUUCUCAUUCCCAGCUGGUUUCUCGCGUACUACCCAAACAAAAUUAUUGUUACGCUGCUCGCCAUCUCUCUUCGUUUAUAACCUCGGCGGCUCUAUAUGCGUCACCGGCGCGAUCUGGACUUUUCCGGGAGGCUGGGUUGUAA